CUUUAAGCUAUAAAAUUAUCCCGCUUUUUGCAUAUCCUAAAACGUUAAUUUUGGAUGAUCAAAUCCUUAAACUUACCUGCCGGUGCCGGAAGCUUCUUCUCAUUUUCGCCGGAAAAUUCUGUCUCCGCCGUCAGAAACUGCCGAAUCACGUUUCUCGGAAGGAAAAACACUCAGAAAGCAUCGACUUACGCCGCCGUUUCUACGGAGGCGAGGAGGAGGAGACGGCCGGCGGAGAGUUUCUACGAGGUGCUGAGAGUGAAACAGAACGCGUCGACAACUGAAGUCAAGGCGGCGUACCGGAGUUUAGCGAAGGUGUACCAUCCAGACGCCGGUGGUCAGCCGGAGGAAUUUUUCGACGGCCGGAAUUUCAUAGAGAUCCACGACGCUUAUGCUGCGCUCUCUGAUCCAGCAGCUAGGUCUAUCUACGACCUCAAAAAAUCCACGAUGCUUAUGCCACGCUCUCGGAUCAGUGAAACGGAGUUUUGCCUGAACCGGAGAUGGGAAACGGAUCAGUGCUGGUGAUGUCAGCUUUUUUCGGCCUCGAUUUUACUGCCACGUUUGUACCCCAUGUCAUUGACGUGGAGAAUUUAGCUUACUGUAAAUUGUGUAUCUUCAAUUUUUUGGGAGACCCAAAGAAAAGAAAAAGGAUUUAAGUUAGAUAUAAAACUUAUACACUAUUAGUGAAUAUCAUAAGUUACUCUAAUGGGAAGAAGAGGGUCAGCUAUA